CGUGUUUCGUGUUCUAAACACGAGGUUAAAGGAUUCCUUUUGCUAAAUCCUUUUGUUACGUUGUGCGGAACCAAUCAACCGGCUCACAAUCAACUGUAGAGAGCACGGAAAUCUCCGGGUGUCUACCAUCGGAAAGGAAUCCGCACCGCCAAGCACGCCAGGAUGGCGAAAUCGUUCCGGUUGUUCGUUGGAAAUAUCCCUCAAGGGACGAGCGAGGAGGAAUUGAGGACCGAGUUUGGUGCCUACGGAGUUGUAGAAUCGGUGGAGGUCAAGACAAAACCCAACGCCCUCAGCGGAGCCGCGGAUACGUUUGGUUUUGUGUCGCUGAAGACGGAAGACCGGAUCGUGUCCCAGUGCAUCAAGGAAUUCCGCGAACAGAAAUAUAAAGGCACAUUUUUGAAUGUAUCCAGAGCGAAGGAAUCGUUCCUCGAUCGGUUGAAACGUGAGCGAGAAGAAGCGGGAGCUCAGAAGCAGAUCAAAAGUGAAGCCACUUCCACCGUUGAACAGUCAAAUGAUACGAAACCGAGCAAAGCCGACCGCGAAGAACUCCCUACACUGCCCAGUUUGGGACAGCCAGGUGAAAGCAGCUCCUCGGAAAGCUCGGAUUCCGAUAGCGAUGAGGAGGAGGAACCUACGAAGAAAACAAGUGCUCCUACUGCUGGUCCGGGCAGCAACAAAAAGGAAGAACCGGAGCUGGUGAAAAAGUGGAACCAAGAAACGUACAUCGAGCACGGAAAGCUGAAGAUCGUCCCCAUCACGGGGCAAGUGAAGGAAGUGAUCGAUCGCUCAAAGACGCACAAAACCCGAUCAGCAGAUGGCAAGCAGUUGAGCGAGAAGGCGCGCAUAGCGGAUGAGAAGCGGAAGCAGGGUCUUACGAAACUGAGCUCGGCCUAUGAGCAGCAAAAGCUGGCGAUCAAGAAUGCCUUAUCAGGUGAGGGAUUGGGCAGCAAGCGGAAAAUUGCAUUCAGUGACGAUGAAGCUGAAGACGGGUCGCGCGCUGGCAAACGCAAGCUCGCUUUAUUCGAUGGAGACGAAGACGGAGAUGGGGACGAUGAUGGUUUCGAGGGAAACUUUAAAGUACGCAAGCAGCUAUCGGGACAGGAAGGCCAGAAGCUGUAUGAAAUGCAAACAGCCUAUCAAGGGGACAACCGCUUUCGCCUCGAUGAUCGCUUUUUGGAUAAGGACGCGGUUAAAAAGGACGAUCAGGCAAAGUCCAAAAAGAACAAAGUUGCGGAAAAAGAGCGUCUCAAACAGUUGGAGAUUCUAUCGAAUGUGACCGGAAAGCCCAUUGCUAGCGACAAGCGUAACGAGCAGCGUAAUGCACCGCAGAUGCAACGGUUCGAUCCAUCGCAGAGGAACGAGUUGGAACAUGAACCAUCGGAGGAUAAUCGAAGCAAACUGUCUACGAUCAAACAGGCGGAACGUCGCGAGAAUGAUUACAAAGUAACGGAUGAAAAGUUUUACAAAGUGUCGGAUAACCUCACCGGUCUACUAACGGGUGCUUCCGGUGAAAGUAACGGACAAGGCGGAGGAGGAUUCAGUCUUCUGUCCAUGUUUGGCAAGGCUUCCACGGCGGCGGACGAUGAUGUCGAAAGCAAUCAACAGGAACAGUACACGAGGGGCGACCGUCCGAAGGAUAGCGGUGCACGGUUUAAGCACGAAUCGUCCGAAAGUGAAGAAGAACCCGAAGAGAAUGGGGAUCAACGAGUGGAUGAUAAGAUACAUGAUGACGAGGUGACCAAAAACAUUGCCCAACGGAAGGCUGGAUACUAUUCGCGGCAGGGUAUUUGGAAGGAAAAGUUUUUCUUCCUUCCCAACGAUUCUCGAUUCGAUGAUGGACGAAAGUUCUUUGGCAUCCUUCUUUCUACCCAAAACGUGCCACAACCCACCGGUGACGGAAAGGCAGCGGCGAAUGGAAAUGCUGAGCGAAAGGAGCUUGCUGUGGACGACCUCAAGAAAAUCUACAAAAAACGUCGACAACGGGAGGGUAAAAAUAUGAAAAUGAAAUCAAAGCUUGGGUUCAAAGUGAUGACCCGAGGAAAUGUGAAAAAAUAAGCUCCAUAAUUACACUGUUGGAGCGUUUGUAGUUUACGCUCAAAAUGGAAAUAGAAGAUUAUUACACACAA